UUCAGAUCUCUUCAAGUAGUCAUUGUAGCUGGACGUGGCUAAACCUUCUGAAACUCUUACAACAAGUACUGAAGUUGUACGGGCUUCUGCAUUUCUGAUCAAAAUGAAGAGAAUGCCUUUCGUGGUGGCGCUGGUGUGCUUGUCUCUUGGAGUAGCACACUCCUGGGAUAUCGCAACAACUUCGGGAAAACGAAUAGAUUUUUUUAAAAACGAUACGAUAACACACAGCAUGACUAGCCACCAGUUUAAGAACCUCACGGCGUUAGCUUACGACGCACUCCACGACACGCUCCUGAUCGUCGACCAACAGACAGACAACUCUUCCCUAUACAGAUUUAACUUCACAUCCAACGACUUUCAGGCCAUACUAACGACGAAAGAGAUAAUUAGUUUCGCUAUCGAUCCAGUAAAAGAAUUAUUAUUUUGGAUUGAGGAUAAAAGUAUACACUCGAUGACCCUCAAGCCUUCACAUGAAAACAACUUAAACGAAAGGAUUGUACUCCGGUUGGAUGAAGAGAAUCCGAGGGCUAUCGCUGUCGAUAGCUGUUCAGGGUUUGUUUACUGGACUAGUACAAGCUCUAUGAAGCCCGCAAUAGAAAAAGUAAGAUUUGAUGGCUCCGACAGAGCAGUAUUGAUAGACCAGGACAUCCAAGAACCUCAUCGCCUUGUCAUCGAUCCUCAAAUAAACAAAAUGUUCUGGAUUGAUAUCAGACACGACGACACGUGCACGUACAGAGUAAAGUAUUCAGAUUUAGAAGGAAACAAUAAAGAUGAAUUAUUGCACGGAACCAAUCUACCUAGAGCAUUAACUGUGUCAAAAGAUUUUGUAUAUUUAAUCGAAAAUCAACAGAAAGCCGUUUGGAAAGAUUCAAAACUUCAUAUUUUAGGAACAUUAAAGCAGAUCGGUAGUUCGUACUCUGAAAUUCCGUCUAGUAUUGUUGCGAAAUAUACACUUGAAGAACAAACUAAGGGAAUUCAGGAAUGUAAAGCUUUAACUGGUUUGCUACAAGAUAAUUCAGAGAACGAAACCUCUCGUCGUAUUAUUUCGGAGGUCGAGAGCCUCAUUUGUGUUCAUGGUGAGAAGGCUAAUGCCACAUCUUGCACAUGCGCACCUGGCUACAUCGGCGAGAGAUGCGAUGUGUCAGUCUGUCAGAACUAUUGCAACUACGGCACCUGCAGUGUCAGUGAUGAGGGGGUACCCUCUUGCGGAUGUGAGUCUGGUUAUUCUGGAGCGAGGUGCGACAUCAACAUGUGCUUCAAUUACUGUCUGAACAACGGUGUUUGUUACUUUACUGAAGAGAAUGAACCACUCUGCCAAUGCAGUGGAAAUUACCGUGGUUCCAGAUGUGAAGCUAUCGUAAACGACACAGUUAGCCCUGCGUUCAGUUCAGGGGAUAAAAACUAUACUUUGGUCGAUUUGUUGUUUAAUCGGCGAAAAGUGAAUGGCAAAUUGAUUGUAAAUUUUGAAAUAGAAUCUGAAUAAGAUUUCGAUCAGUAUGCAAGUGCCUUAUUUUGUGUAAUCUUUGUCUUACUCAAUAAAAACAGCUUGUAAU